AUGCCAACAGUUAUAGCAUUAGAUGUGUCUCUAUCAAUGAGACGCCCAGUAUUAGUAAGCGGAUCGAACGAAAAUAAUCAAAGCGAACAAUUGACAAGACAUCAGUUAGCUGUACAUGGAAUAAAUGCAUUAUUACAUUAUUUACAAGUGAAUUCAAAAUUGGAAUUUGUAGCUUUAGUUGUCUUUUCAUCAUUGUAUGAAGUUAUUUGUCCAUUUACUCGUGAUUAUGAUAGUAUACGUUCAAAAUUACAAAAUAUUGAGGAAUGUGACAAGACUUGUAUUGAAACAGCUCUUCAUGGUGUUAAUAAUGUUAUCAUGGCAGAAUGGGGUAAUACUACAGCUUGUCAAGUAGUCCUAGUAACUGAUGGGAAUCCUGGUGUAGGACCAAUGUCUUUAGGUGACUCUUUGAAUUCCUUAAAUCUAACAAGAGAUGUAAAUCCAUUUCCAUUACCUUUUCCUUAUCCAGGAAAAUUAAGUGUUGUAUGUAUUGCAUCACAACAAGAUAUCGGUUUACAUAUUGGUUUACCACUUUACCAACGAUUAGUUGAGCUUGCUGGUGGUGAUAGCGUAGUACUAGUCCCUGAAGCACCACUCUCAAAACAUUCAGUCACAGCCUGUUUUCAAAAAUUAGCAGAAACUAAUUAUGUCUCCUUUCAAGGAUAUUUGAAAUGUGGAAAUUUAGGUUCUCGUAUUCUUCUAUCACCUGCACCCAUGCCAUACACUAAGAAGACAGAUUUUGAAUUAGUAUCUGGUUUGAUAAUAUCAAAAACUGUAGAAAUUUGUGGAUUUAUAUCAGUAGCAGAUGUCGGUAGUCCUAGCGCUAUAUCUAGGCAUUUAGUGCUGCCAUUAGCUACAGAAAAGACUCCAAGUAUGCAAGGAAUAGCUUUGGAAGAAGAUUCAGAUACAGAUGAGAAUGGAGAUGAAGGGAAAAUACCAUCGUUUUGUGUGUUAUUACAUGGUGCUUUAAAGGUUGAGAACAUGGUAGCUCUCUGUUUGUUAAAUAACGAAUGGUAUGGUUUUAUAUACUCAUGGGCAGAUACAAAGAAAAAAUCAAAUUUGAUGUUAACAGUGCUAGAACCGGGGCUAGAUGUUGUGCCUUGGUUAGGUAACUUUAGUAAUUUGGGUCCAAUUGAUGCAGCUAAAGGUGCUGCUGUUAAUUUUCCAGUUAGACCAAAUGAAAAAAGAAGUUACACUCAAAAUGCACCAUCUUGGAUUCGCCAAGUUGGAUUACAAUCUGAUAUUCAGAAAAUUUUGAGACAUGCAAGAAAAUUGCCCGAAAAGACGCAGAACUUUUAUAAGGAGGUGAAUCGGUUGCGUAGAGCUGCUGCAUCAAUGGGAUUUGUAGAACUUUUGGAAGGAUUGGCAUGCAUUUUGGAACGGGAAUGCACAUUGUUACCUCCAAAUUUAAACCCUGACUGUACAAUUCAAAUGGGUCAUGUAGCUUCUAUGAUAAGAAAACCCGAAUUUCUAGAACUUAGGUAUAAUAUACCACCAGCACGUACUAGAUUUCAACAUGGAGGAUCAUAG